AUGCACCAGUACAAUUUUUUGUUCGCGUAUAUAGUGGCUGUUGUUCUAGUUUUCAUCGCAGGUGCAAACGCCAAUUCGUUUUCGCCAGCCUCAGUUGACGUAGUCCAAGCUGAGGCUGCCAAGCAGAACUCGUUUCUUCGAGCAAUCCACACAACUGAGGGUAACGACAAGCACGAUGACGACGAAGAGCGACUCCUGAGCUACAUUGCUCAAUUUAUUCCUGGGACUGCGACCCGUCAAUUUAAAAAAGAAACCGAUAACAUAUUGGCUAGUUUGGAGAAGUUGACGUUAGACAUGAUGUACAGCAAGAUGAUGUCGGAGACAAAUUUCAGAAACCAGAUGUUUGCGGAGUGGCGUAAAGAGAAAAAAUCGUAUCGCAAGAUCACAAAACGUUUGAAGGCGCAAGGCAGAACGGAUGUCCAUUACACUAACCUCGCGAACCAAUUCCGUUCGUAUCUGGAAUCUGUUGGAGAUAAAAAGCUUGCAGGGGUUAAGAAACUGAGGAAAGUUGAUAGGGUGGAGUGAAACGAAGCGGUGUUCAAAAAAAAUCGUGGACCUAUAUACUGUCGUUUCUAUCGUACUCAUUUUCAUCAUCAAUGCCGGGUCCCGUAUUCCCGUAAAUAUGACCUCGUUGGUAAGCUGGUCUCAAUUAAGGGGCACGAACAUAAUGGUCUCCAGUUCAUCUGCGCUCGCUCAUAUGCUUCCUUUGACAACCGAACAGUGGAAAAGAGUCGAGGAGCCGAAAUAUAUAAAUUUGCUUAGAACGUCAC